AUUGAGUAAGCUACGCUUCAUAUCUAAUGAGGAUAAGAGUGAGAGAAAUAAAUGUAAAAAACGUUUUGAGAAUAUCGCCUCGUUAGUGCAGGCAUUGGAAUACAGCAUUAUUGAAUCUCACCAAAGCGAUCGAGAGGUACUGAUGGCUGUACGGUUGGACAAUCUGAAAAAUCACAGUAUGAAAAUUAAGAUUGAACAAUUAGAAGAGGAAAAUAGGCAACUUCUUAGUAUGUUACACCCGAGACUUGAUGAACUUGGUACUUCGAGGACACCCUCAAAUUCUUCAUGCUCUACUACGAGUAUAGUGCACUUGCAGUACAAAUAUGAAGAAUUGUUAGCUAAUCACAACGGAUUGUUAAAAAUACUGGAGUUGAGGAUAUCAGAUGUAAGGAGAUAUCAAGAAGAAAAUGCUAAAUUGAAGCAGGAAGUUGAAAAUUUGAAAGCUAGUUUGGAAAGUCACAAUGAUCAAAUUUCUAAGUUAUUAGAAAAGAAUAAGGAACUGAAAUAUAGAAAAAAUAACAAGAUCCUGAGAUUGAAAAAUGACCGAAACACCUUAGCCAUCAUCCAUAACAGAUUAGUAAAUCUAUUGCAUAAGCAGUGUAUGGAGAACGAUAAUUUUCUUCAUAAGGCCGUAAAAGAAACGUCAAAAUCGGAGAGAGCUCUGUUGCUUCAAGAAAUCCGUAACAGUAAUAUACUUUCUUAUGAAAAUUUUCAGCUUCAACAAGAAAACGAAUACCUUCAGUCGGUAUUAAAUGUGAAAAAACGCAGCUCAUUCGACCUAUAUUUUAUAGUUAUCAAAUUGGUGAAAUAUGACUUAAAUUGUACAACAUAA